AUUUCUACCAUAUAAUUUCUUAAAGAUCAGAAAAAUUUAAGAUGUCAAGUGCUCAAUUCAAUGCUGGUGAAUCCCAUGGCCAAGCCGAGGCCAAGACUGAGCAAUGGAUAGAUUCAGCCAAAAAUGUGGCAAAUUCAGCCGUUGACAAGGCUGAAAAUGCUACCCAAAGAGCAAGUGAGUCUGCUCAACAAAACAAUGACCACAAUGCUGGAUUUCUUCAGCAGAAAGGAGAGCAAAUGAUACAUAUGGCUCAAGGUGCAAUUGAUGGUGUGAAGAACACUCUUGGAAUGGGAUCAGAGAAGAAAUAAAUUAUAAAAAGGAAUUAAACACAAGUUUUAAUUACCUUUUAAUAUACAGAUUCAUAAUAUUAUAAAAGUUUCCUGUGCCUAUAUUGGACACAAGUGAUAAUAAUAAUAAAUUAAUAAUAGUAGCUUAUGAUAUUUUAUUU